ACAGAGACAAAGCAACAGAGAGCCCGAAAAGAGAGAGAGGGCAAAAGUGAGAGAGAGAGAGAGAGAGUAUGUUCUGUGUGUAUUCUCACAGAUUCAUUAAAGAGAAAAACAAACACUCCUGCUUAAAUUAAAACUAAAAUAAAAUAAAACAAAAGGCAAAAGCACUAUUGCGACUCCUCCCCUCUCUCUAGACUCUAGAGUUAUCUUCUCUUCUCUUCUCAUCUCUUCUGUUCCCUUCUCUUCUCUUCUUCAUUCUUAUCUCUUCCCUGUUUAUGUAGAUUAAGGAGCGCUAGGGUUCUUUUUCUAGAUCUUCUUCCUCAUGUUUUUCGAGUGUUCGGUUUCAGAUCUGAAGAUUUAAGGAUUUUUUUGGUUUUCGAAUUGAAGGACUUUGAAUUCAAAGCCUGUUUUGAUUUUGGUUCCUUAGAAGACAAGCUCUUCAACUUCAACUUGAAAAGGACUAUUGGGGUUGUUUUUUCGGGUGUCUCUCGUUUGAGCCAACAUGAUGCAGAAGCCACCGCAGGAUGAUUUUCUAUUGAAAGAGACCAAUCCCCAUCUUGGAGGGGGAAGGAUCACUGGCGACAAGCUUACGAGCACCUAUGAUCUUGUGGAGCAGAUGCAGUAUCUUUAUGUCCGGGUCGUUAAGGCCAAGGACUUGCCUGCGAAGGAUGUUACAGGUAGUUGUGAUCCUUACGUGGAAGUUAAACUUGGAAACUAUAAGGGCACUACUCGGCAUUUUGAGAAGAAGACGAACCCGGAGUGGAACCAGGUGUUUGCAUUUUCAAAGGAGCGGAUUCAGGCGUCGAUGCUUGAGGUUACUGUUAAGGAUAAGGAUCUUGUGAAGGAUGAUUUCAUUGGCCGGGUUUUAUUUGAUAUGAAUGAGAUACCAAAGCGUGUUCCUCCUGAUAGUCCUCUGGCACCACAGUGGUAUCGGUUGGAGGAUAGGAAAGGAGAUAAAUUUAAGGGGGAAUUGAUGCUAGCGGUAUGGAUGGGAACACAGGCAGAUGAAGCUUUUCCAGAAGCAUGGCAUUCAGAUGCUGCUACUGUUAGUGGAACAGAUAGUCUUGCUAAUAUUCGGUCCAAGGUAUAUCUCUCCCCAAAAUUAUGGUAUUUGAGGGUCAAUGUGAUUGAAGCACAGGACCUGGUACCGAGUGAUCAAGGCAGGUAUCCAGAAGUAUAUGUUAAAGCUAUCCUGGGAAAUCAAGUCCUGAGAACAAGAGUUUCUCCUAGCAGGAGUAUUAAUCCUAUGUGGAAUGAGGACCUUAUGUUUGUGGCAUCAGAACCUUUUGAGGAGCCCUUGAUUUUGAGUGUGGAAGAUAGAAUUGCGCCCAACAAGGAUGAAGUGUUGGGGAGAUGUGCAAUUCCAAUGCAUCAUGUAGACAGAAGGUUGGACCAUAACCCUGUGAACACUAGGUGGUUUAAUCUGGAGAAACAUGUUAUUGUAGAAGGGGAAAAGAAGAAAGAAAUAAAGUUUGCCAGCAGGAUUCACAUGAGGAUCUGCUUGGAGGGUGGUUAUCAUGUUCUGGAUGAAUCAACACACUAUAGUAGUGAUCUUCGUCCGACAGCUAAACAGCUGUGGAAGCACAGCAUAGGGGUACUUGAAUUGGGUAUUCUCAAUGCUCAGGGAUUGAUGCCCAUGAAACCAAAGGAUGGUCGGGGAACAACUGAUGCAUACUGUGUGGCAAAAUAUGGACAGAAGUGGGUUCGAACCAGAACCAUCAUUGACAGUUUCACGCCCAAGUGGAACGAGCAAUAUACUUGGGAGGUUUUCGAUCCCUGUACUGUCAUAACAAUUGGGGUCUUUGAUAAUUGUCAUUUGCAUGGAGGGGACAAGCCCGGUGGGUCAAGGGAUUCAAGGAUCGGAAAGGUGCGAAUCCGUCUUUCCACACUUGAAACUGACAGGGUUUACACACACUCCUAUCCACUGUUGGUCCUGCAUCGUAAUGGUGUCAAAAAGAUGGGAGAAAUUCAUUUGGCGGUUCGUUUUACAUGCUCAUCAUUGCUCAAUAUGAUGCACAUGUACUCACAUCCUUUGCUGCCAAAGAUGCACUAUAUCCAUCCACUGACUGUCAGCCAGCUAGAUAGCUUGAGGCAUCAGGCCACUGUGAUUGUGUCAGUGAGGCUGAGCCGGUCAGAGCCACCAUUAAGAAAGGAGAUUGUUGAAUAUAUGCUGGAUGUGGGGUCUCACAUGUGGAGUAUGAGAAGAAGUAAAGCCAACUUUUUCAGAAUCAUGAACGUUUUCGGUGGGCUAAUUGCUCUAGGGAAAUGGUUUGAUCAGAUAUGCAAUUGGAAAAACCCAAUCACCACUGUGCUGAUUCACAUUUUGUUUAUAAUCCUAGUCCUCUAUCCAGAACUUAUCUUGCCCACAAUCUUCCUGUAUCUCUUCCUGAUUGGUGUCUGGCAUUAUAGACGGAGGUCAAGGCAUCCUCCUCACAUGGACACUCGUCUCUCUCAUGCGGAGUCUGCUCAUCCCGAUGAAUUGGAUGAGGAAUUUGACACGUUCCCAACUUCUCAGUCUGCUGAUAUUGUAAGGAUGAGAUAUGAUCGUUUGAGAAGUAUUGCAGGGAGGAUUCAGACUGUUGUUGGUGAUUUAGCUACUCAAGGGGAGAGGCUGCAAUCUUUACUGAGCUGGCGAGACCCAAGGGCCACAGCUCUGUUUGUGCUCUUUUGUCUGAUUGCUGCCAUUGUUCUAUAUAUUACUCCUUUCCAAGUUGUGGCAGUUCUCAUUGGAUUGUAUGUGCUGAGACAUCCCAGGUUCCGCCACAAACUUCCUUCAGUUCCACUCAAUUUCUUCCGGCGGUUGCCAGCAAGAACCGAUUCCAUGCUGUGAGCAAAGCCAGUUUGAUCUGCAAUUGCAUUUUGCAUCUGAUCUUGUCAAGUCAGAGAAGAAGAUGGUGGUUCUGGCACAACGUGUAACCUUCCUCUGAAGGUAGUAGAUUUUGUGGAUUUGCGGGUUAUUUAAAGAUAUUUUAAUAGGAUUUCUGUUUCAACUUUCGAGCUUUAUGGUAAUCAAUCCAUCUUCAUUUGUAAUUUUGUAGGUUUUGGUUGGAAUUUAACCUUUGGUGAACCUUCUCUGUGCUUCACUACAUCUAGUAGAUAUUGUUGUCCACUGGGAUUUCUGAUCUCAACCUUGUUAUAUUCCUGCAAUGGAAUGGCUUCUUUUUCCUUGGUCA